AUGGACGGUAAUAAGGAUGAGGCAAUGAAGUGUGCUGCCAAUGCAAAAGAGGCGAUUUCAUCUGGAAAAAAGGAGGCUGAAGGUUUGAAUGAAGGGCCAAGUAAUACCGAAGAACAUGUACAAGUGGUUCAUAAGAUCAAAAGAAGCAUGGAUCAUUAUGAGAUUUUGGGCGUUGGUAAAAGUUGUUCGGUUGAGGAGGUUAAGAAGGCUUACAAGAAGUUGGCGUUGAAAGUUCAUCCGGAUAAGAACAAAGCUCCUGGAUCCGAGGAAGCGUUUAAGAAAGUUGGCGUGGCGUUUAAGUGUCUGAGUGAUGAUAACUUAAGAAGACAGUAUGAUCAAACAGAUUUGGUUAAGGGAGAUGGGAAUAGUCAGCACUACAAUGCUAAGAAACGAAGAACAAGACACAAUAUGUUUGAUGAUGCUUUUGAUUUUGAUAAAAUUUUUAAGCCGUUUUUUUAUCAAGGUGAUGUGUUUCACCAUUUUCGUAAUUUCAAUAAAUGA